UCAUCAUCACACCGCGCCUUCACUACAGGAUAGUCAGCCGCUUCAACUCUCUCAACUCUCAAGUCUUCGGAUCACUCACUACCACUUCUUCUUCAAACCAAUUCCCCUUUUCUUCGGAAACUCCAAUCAUCAAAAUGAAGUCCGCUGUCGUCCUCACCACCCUCCUGGCCUUCGCCGUCGCCAACCCCGUUGCCAUUGCCAACGUUGACAACACCAACGCCAUUGCCAAGCGCAACGUUGAGAUUGAAGCCCGCCAGCUUGGUGGCAUCUCCCUUGACAGCCUUCCCGGCUUGGGAGCCUUGUCGGGUCUGGGCCUUCCUGGCCUCUCUAACCUUCCCAUCAACCCGAGCAACGUUGUUGCCAUCCUCACCGGCCUCUUGGCCAGUGUCCUCAGCGUUGUUGGCAACAUCCGCCAGGGUGUUCCCGGCACUAGCGCCAUCCCCGGCCUUCCUGCCAUCCCCGCGCUUGGCGGCGUCUCCGCUCCCGCCAUCCCCACCGGUGCGAUCAGCGCCGAGCAGCUCAGUGCUUUGAUCGGUGCACUUCAGGCCCAGGUCGCCAACGCCACCGCCAUUGGCUCCAGUCUCCCCGCCGGCCUCAGCUUGGCCCAGCUCCAGCAGAUUCAGGCCAUCAUUGCCACCAUCCAGGCCCAGAUUGCCCCUCUCAUCUCUGGCACCGGUCUUCCUGCCCUUCCCGGCGUUCCCACUGGCGGUCUCCCCGACCUUGGCGGCCUGACCUCCGGCCUCGGCGGUCUCUCCGGCGUUCUCAGCCUCAUCACCGGCCUUCUCGGACCCCUCCUCGGUGGUCUUCUCGGUGGCCUCGGCGGCGGCCUCCUCGGUGGUCGUGCUUAAAUUCGAGAAUCGUCGCAAGCCGGUAACUCAUUCGGGCAGGUACUCUGCAGCCACGGAACUGCACACCCAUGACGAGUUUCGGCAUAAUUGACAACGCCCCGUCGGCUUGUCGACCGGGCUUCUCGCAAAGCACUUUUUCCACAAUCACUCCACCCACAACUUCCAGCAUGCGAUUUGCAUAACACCAUAAGGUUUCCGAAGACUUUGAGAGGAAAGGACUGGAACGCGAGGGAUUUAGCGGUGAUCAUUCAACAUCAAUCGGGGACUUUGAACUUUGUUGCGGGCAUCUGGCGAGUCCUAGCGGCUCCUUUUCGCCUUGCUUAAUCUCUUGUCUUUAAUCAUUUCUUACCAACCUAGCUUCUCUUCUACAUGUCCCCCAGGACAACACAAUAAAAACUGUCGAUCCUUACAACU